CCACGCAGUGUGACAACUUGUCACCAAUUUUCGCAGAUUUUUCAGUUCUGUUCUGUCGCUGUACUACUUCUGAAAGUGAGCGCAGGUGUAUUCUGGUUUAGAGAUUUGGUAGUUGGAUCUUUUAAAUUUCUAGUUUGUUUUGAAAGACGGACUAUCAAACGGUGUAGAAUCAGAAUUCCAGUCUCUGUCGGCUCUGGAUUUCCAUGCCAGCGUUUUGCCGUUAAUCACGUUAAUGGCUAAUGCGCUGAUGUUAUCUGCAUCGACGAAAUCUUCAGGAAUUCGGGCUGCAUAUUUUUAAGGAGCGUGAUCUUGAACAAAAUCGUUGCUGCAUAGGCGGUGCCGCGGUAGCACAAUAUUUAUCAGAGAAAUCGCUCCGAUCAGCGUGCGGAAGAUGUCGACGCAUAUAAGAAACCUGGGUGCCAACCAGAACACGAACGGGCAUUCCACCCCCAAAGCAGAGCUUUUGUACAAGAUUGACGAUUUCACUGAUGAUAUUAAUGGGGCUGCUAUUAUUGCUCGGGAAGACGGAAUUAUAACAAUAUCUGAGGACAGAACUGUGAGAAUUUGGUUGAAACGGGAUAAUGGAAAAUAUUGGCCCAGUAUUUGCCAGUACAUGCCUACUGCGGCCAGCGCUUUUGCAUAUAAUUCCGAAACACGAAAGCUCUUUGUGGGAACUGACGCAGGACUGAUCUCUGAAUACGUUAUUUCCAAUGAUUCCAAUAGACUCACCCAUUUGAAGGAUUACACAGGCCAUACCAAACGUGUCACCGCGUUGCACUUCGCACUGGAAUGUGAAUGGCUGCUCAGCUGUGGUCGCGAUAAAACCGUACGGUGGUACUGCAGCGAAAGCGGAAGACAGUUAGGGAUUUUCUCACUACAAGGAUGGGCCACCGCUUUACAGUUUGAUUUUGCUUCGAAGUACGCAUUCGUGGGAGAUUAUUCCGGAGCUAUCAGUGUACUACGCAUUAACGAAACUGGCCAUCAACUGGUUUCGACGAUCAAAGGCCACAAUGGAUCCGUGCGUUCCUUGGCCUGGGACGCCAAGAGGCAGUUGCUGUUUUCCGGUGGAUACGAUCAGAAUGUGAUUGUAUGGGAUAUUGGCGGAAAAGAAGGGGUUGCCUAUGAACUUCAAAUUCACAAUGGGAAAGUGGCUACGUUGUUUUACGCACCAGCUACUCAGCAACUGUUGUCCGGUGGAGAUGAUGGUGUUGUGGCCGCUUGGGACAUGUCUAUAAAAAGAAAAGAGACUCCGGCUUGGGGCGAAAGCGACACAUGCCAACAGUGUAAUAAGCCUUUUUUCUGGAAUUUCCGAAUGAUGUUCGAUACAAAAACGAUUGGAAGUCGACAGCAUCAUUGCCGCCAUUGUGGGAAAGCUGUGUGUGAUCCAUGCAGUCCCAACACAUUGCCUAUACCGAUUAUGGGCUUCGAGAGUGCCGUGCGUCUGUGCAAACUGUGUUAUAAUUCUUUGAAAGAUGAACCACGUCCCAGUCAUGCCAAUGUCAUUAACGUUAUGCACUCCCUUAUCUGCAUGGAUAUUGACGAAACGAAAAAGCGAAUGAUCACCGUCGGUCAGGACAAAGUCGUAAAAAUUUGGGAUGUGCGACAGCUGCUGGUCAGUUCGACGGAAUCACAUGAGUAACUGCACACACUUCGCUGGCCACUGCUUUUCAAGGGGAUUCAUCACGUUUUGAGCGCUUUCUGUUGCGGCAUGUUCUGUGAUUGGUGAUACUUAAUUUUCCAGUUUGUCUUACCGCAGCAAGAAAUCUUGAUGUUAAUGAUUAUGUUACUGUAUUUCGGCUGAUUAUAAUUUUUAUUUACGAGUAUUCAAAUUCGGUUUGAUUUUGUUUUAUUGUGUAUACAGAUACAGUAGACUGUUCGCUAAGCGAAUAUUGCGUUAAUGUUCAACCUAAUAAUAAAGGAAUUUCGUCUA